GCCGCGUGAGGUUGUGCUUACCCACCCGUCACCCGCGCCUUCGCUCUCUCAGUGUUCUGGCUCGCGGCCAGCGCGUGUAUACGUAAACCGUGCAAUUUCUCUACACAAGAAUUAGUAUGUGAAUGCGAUUUUUUUAUUUGUCCCGCACGAAAACUAGUGAAAUGUUAUUGUUGGCGUACUGAUCGGAACGCGCGUUCACUGCUCUGCUGUCUUGACACUUCAUGAGGACUGAUUGUUUAUAUUGCUAAGAUUACCUUCCCCAGCGGUUUCCAGUUAUGAUUAUAAGGAUACCAUGGCUUCUACUACUAGCAACAGUCUUCAUUAUGACGAUAUCAGGUAACCCUUUAUUUUUACAACAGUCCGGAAGAAAUAUAAAACCAGUGAUAAGAUGGAGACCACCCAUGGAUACGUGGAAUUGGACGGAGACACCUCGGAAUGAUGAGCCGUUCUUUAUACCAUCCAAUUUCACUCACAAGCUACCUCCGUCUGCGAACGAGACAGAACUUAUAGCCCACAUGGCGGCCCUUAAGAGAAAUUACUCAAGACUUCUGUGGGACAGUGAUAAAAGUUCAAAUUUACCCCUCUUUGUGGACAAAGCCUUAAAACUAUUAAAUCUAAAACAAGUCUACUAUGAAGUGGAACAUUCUGUAAUGUCCAAAGUAUCUUGUACAGCAUGUAAAGCUGGUGCCGGUCUACUGCAGCAUUAUAUGAGACUGGGAAAGAGUAAAGAGGAAAUCAAUAAAAUGAUAUAUCAAUUUUGCGUUUCUCUAAAUAUACAAUCUGCGAGAGUAUGCGAAGGUAUUACGAGGUUAUUUGGGAGUGAAGUUGUAUACGUGUUGAAACGUAUUACAAUUGGUCCGAAUGAAAUAUGCAGUUUUGUUAUUGGAGAUGCUUGUGGAGACGUUUACAAUCCUUACCACGAGUGGGAAGUGGCUUUUCCUCCAGUUCCGAAGCCGCAAGCAAAAGCAUUAGAGCCGCCUAUUGAAAAAGCUCCCACAUUUAAAGUUCUCCAAAUAUCUGAUACACAUUUCGAUCCCUACUACGCUGAAGGUGCGAACGCGGAAUGCAACGAGCCCCUUUGUUGUCGCGCGUCUAACGGGCCAGCACUGACCCCGGGCGGAGGCGCCGGCCGCUGGGGCGACUACCGCAAGUGCGACACGCCUAAACGCACCAUCGACCACAUGCUAAAGAACAUAGCAGACACACACACCGAUAUAGACUAUAUAUUAUGGACCGGUGAUUUACCGCCUCAUGAUGUGUGGAACCAAACUAAGGAAGAAAAUCUCAAGGUCCUACAAGAGACUGUCGCUCAAAUGUCGGACAUGUUCCCUGGAGUGCCAAUCUUCCCAGCUCUUGGAAACCAUGAAUCAUCACCAGUAAAUAGUUUUCCACCACCGUAUAUCUCUUCGCCAGAAUCCAAUAUCGCGUGGCUCUACAAUGAGCUAGACGCGCAGUGGCGAAGAUGGCUGCCUGCUGGAGUGUCGCACACAGUUCGACGGGGAGCGUUUUACUCUGUCCUCGUACGGCCUGGUUUUCGGAUUAUAUCACUCAACAUGAAUUACUGCAAUAAUAAAAACUGGUGGCUGUUACUAAACAGUACGGACCCAGCCACAGAACUGCAGUGGCUCAUUUACGAACUCCAAUCAGCUGAGUUCAGUGGUGAAAAGGUUCACAUAAUCGGCCACAUACCACCGGGGCACUCGGAUUGUCUCAAAGUGUGGAGUAGGAACUACUACGCUAUUGUCAACCGAUACGAAGCGACCAUAACGGCACAGUUCUUUGGACACACUCAUUACGAUGAAUUCGAAGUUUUCUACGAUCCGAAUGAUUUAGGAAGAGCCACAAGUAUUGCCUAUGUCGGACCGUCAGUGUCGCCGUACUAUGACUUAAACUUGGGAUACAGAAUAUAUUAUGUAGAUGGAGAUCAUGAUGCAACAACUCGGUUAGUUGUUGACCAUGAAACAUGGAUUAUGAACUUGAAGGAAGCAAAUCUAUUUGGAUAUCCGAUUUGGUACAAGCUGUACUCGGCACGGUCUGCGUACAUGAUGCCGUCGCUUCGGCCGCAGGACUGGGACGCGUUCAUAGAUGAUAUGACUUCGAAGGAGGAUGUCUUCAACUUGUACCACAAACAUUACUGGAAGAACAGUCCCCGGCGCGGCACAUGCGACGGCGAGUGUCGCAAACGCCUCAUCUGCGACGCGCGCUCGGGUCGCUCGCACGACCGGCGCGCGCUGUGCGUGCACAUCGAGGCACGCAUUGAUGGUGCCGCGCCCGCGCCGCAGACCUGGCGCGCCUGGCUUUACAAUGGCCUGUCCGUCUCACCUAGUGUACAGCAAGUUUAAACGGUGGUGGAAAUAUUUUAGGUGUUGCACGGAUAACUAAAGAAUGUCGAUGAUAAUGCAAAUACCACAAGUGGCUUACCAGAUACCAAAGUAUGUUAUGGGACUUGGUUGACACGGGACCUUGGAUGCGAGCAGAGAAAUUAAUACUCAGCACCACCGGAUUUUUCUACCAGAACAAAGAUUUUUAAGUUAAACCUAUUUAUUUUUACAAAAAAACAAAUUGCCUUAGUUAUUUUUAUACCAAGAUUGGUACCUCCUUUUUUACUACAUACUAAGUACAGGUUAGUGUUUUAUUAAGUGUUGUUUCAUAGGUAGGUUACCUACCAAUGACUGUUUGUGUGGCCUUACAAAAUAUUAAAAAAAAAUGUAAAUAUUGUUUGUAAAUUGUGUAAUUAAAACUUUAUAAUAAGGAUA